AUGGCUUGGCGAAGGCCCUUUGGAGACCGCGCUGCGGCGUCUGGCACCGUUACCGAGGGCCAGGUCGAACAGAUCUCCAAUGGAAGCGUUCAGUACAUCGGUGAAAAGGGCGGCAAUGAUGCACCUCCGACAUACCAAGACGCCUCCGGCGCGCCCGUUGAGAACAACUCACCUUUGGGGUAUUCCGUCGGGCCGGUUACGAUCACGUUGCUGAACAUCACAAUGAUGAUCGGUGCUGGUAUCUACUCAACACCACUUGUGUUCAACACCAAGUACGCUUAUUGGUUUUCCAACGGCGUAGGGAUCGUGAAGAUUUGCACUUUGCUUUUCGUCAUCAUCACUGGUUUCGUCGUUCUAGGCGGACACACAAAGGUUCAAGACCCCACGGCAAACUUCAAAGAUGCCUGGUCUGGUAGCUCUUCGGCUACUGCCUACGGCAUGACUACUGCACUUUACCGCAUCAUCUUCUCAUACGGAGGUUAUAACAACGCAUUCAAUGUUGCCAAUGAAGUGAAGAAUCCCGUCAGAUCCCUCAAGAUCUACGCUACCGCAGCUUUGACCACGGUCUACGUCCUUUACAUGUUCGCCAACGUUGCUUUCUUCGCUGCUGGUGAGCUAUGA